CACGAGCCUGCGGUGUUACCCAUAAUGCACCAACACGGCUUGUUUAGGUUGCUCUCGAUGUCAGACUCCGAAUAAUUCCACCACAAAAAUUCGUUUUAUUUCGAGAGGCAACGCAUGAAUUCUGAAGAGUAACUCAUAUAAAUCUUCUAAGGAAACCAGGUUUAUUGGGCACCAAGAAGAAUGAGGCCAGGGACAGGAGCAAGGGGAAGACCUCCCCCUAGCGCUAUUGGCCGAGUUCCGACAGGAACUGCCCGUCCAGGCUCAAGGGGUGGAGAAGCGUUAGCAGGAGCUCUCAAUGCACAGAUCAAAGUAGCAGACCGACCAAUGACCCGCCAGGGUUUAAUGGCUCCCAAGACAGCUUCAAGAGGUCCCCAGAGACAAGUCCAGGAUAAGUCGUACUACAUGGGCCAACUCAGAGCCAAGAUGGUAGAAUUGAAUGCUGAAGUAGGGAAACUACAGAAAGAAAUGGACCAGUUCAACCAAGAGAACUCUACCUAUUUGACAUAUGAGAAAAAGGCUGAAAGUCUGGCUUCAGAAAUCAAGGACCUACAAGGGCAGCUGGCUGACUACAACACGCUGGUUGAUAAACUGAACACAGACACAGAGAUGGAUGAUAUCGUCCAAGAUUUCAAUGCUCUAAAAAUUCAAAAUGAAAGGGAACAAAAAUCCAUAGAUGAGAUCUUCAUGAGAAAACAGGAGAAAGAAAGACAGAUUCAGCAACUGGAUGUUGAGCUAGACCAAGAGCACCGCAUGGCAGAGAGUCUUGUGGAAGACAUGCCUCCAGAUCAAAAAUCCAAGUAUGCCAAACUGAAAAAUGUCAGCAAAGCGCAACAAACAGAGCUUGAACAAAAGCAACAAGAUGUGGAUGCACUCAACACAAAGAUAGUGAUGCUUGAGGAUGAAGUCUCUACAUCUCCAGUCAAACAAGAAGCAGUGAGUCUUUAUGAGAAACUGAAUGAGUUAGAGGAAAAGAAACGCAGCCUGCUGGAAGAGAUGGAGCAAGAAAAUAAGAGCUCACCUGCAGAGGAGAAGGAAAAACUCCUUAAACAGGUGAAGGAAGAUAACCAAGAGAUUGCAAGCAUGGACAGGCGAAUUAGCGAGCUAAGGGAAAAGAUUGAUGCAUGUAAUAAUGAUAUCCAACAGUUGGACAUGGAUCUUGAAGAGCACCAGGGAGAGAGGAACCUGAAAUACAAGGAACUCAAGAAAAGGGAAGAGACCAUGCAAGAAUUUCUUGAUACAUUUGAAGAGAAUAAAGCAACUGAGGAGGCAAGAAAGAAGGACCUGGAAGCAGCUGUUGUGUCGCUUCUUGAGCGCAUGAGCAGGGGCAUGGUUCGAACCAAGCAUUUACCAACAGCAAAUGAACUCAAACAAAUGCAGGAGGAUCUCUCGUUUAAGGAGAAUGAGAUGCAGAAAUCCCAGUCUACUGCAGCCUCACUAGGAGCAGAGCACACGCGACUACAGAUGGAUCUGGAGAAAGUUGCACAGCUUGAGAGCAAGAUCACCACAGAGCUUGACAGCCUCAAGGAGAAGAUAACUCAGAUGGAGAAGGAGCUGGAGAUUUAUGAUGAUUUGGACACUUUACGUGAACAGUCUCUUGAAAAGAAAAAGCGUUUGCAAGAUGAGAAAGUUGUCUUGUCAUCCAGAAAGGAUAACUUGCGGAACCAUGUACAGAGGCUAUCUUCCCUGUAUGAUGCCACGAAAAGCAAGCUGACAGAAAACGAGACUCAUUCACAGCUUGGAAACCUUGAGAGGAAGUGGCAGCACCACGAACAGAACAACUUUGUCAUGAAAGACUUCAUUGCCUCUAAGAGCAUGGAAAGUGACUAUCGUCCCUUGAAGCAGGACGUGACAGCCCAGGUGGAAGAACUCAACAAGCUGAUCAUUAAGAGCUUGGGAAAAUGAUAUGAUUAUCCCUGUGCAUAACUUGUUUGUAGAUAGACUAAAAGUUUGCUACAGUUUCUCAGUUUUCUAUAAGGGAAAGGCAUGAAUGACUUUUGGCAGCCCACAUGUGUGACAUUGUUUUUUUGGCUUAGUUUUAAUAUUUAAUAGUCUAUAUACCACUUUGGAAAAUACUAUUGUCCAUGGACUUUUUAUGCCUUUUUAUUGUAGGAUGCGUUGAAUCUCACAGUGAUUAGAGUGGAUUUAGUUUGCUAAAUGUACAUCUCAUUAGCAUUGAUUUUUUUGUGGUACUAAAAGAUGUACCUCACACGUCAGUCAUGAGUAUUAAAGCACCUCCACCAGGGCUGAAAAUUACAACAAAAACCACGCAUACAGGCUUACUUGAUUGCCUGACAAAAUCCUUGGGCUUGUAGCAGUUUAUGUUGGAGCAAUUGUCAAAUGUUAAAAUAACCUUCAUAACAUUGUCAACCUAGCAGUUAAUGUUCCCAAAAGUAGAAAAAUUGAAUAUUUCUUUUUGAGAAUGUUUUGGUGACAUCUUAUGUAAUUAAUAAACCAUGCUAACACUGCUA